AUGGAGGAUGUCACCGUUGACACUAGAAGGCCUUUGAACGCUCGCAAUUUGAAGAGCAUGGGGGUGAUUGAGAAAAUUAGGGUGAAACCCUCGUUGGACACCUCCUGGGAAGCACUCAAAUAUCAUAGGAAGAUUCCCAAUAGCCUCUACCUCUUCUCCAAAAUUGAUCCUCCAGAGGUUGUGGCACACUAUCUGCAGGAUCUGGCCAGCCAAGGAGUGGACAUCUCAUAUUUCUCUAUGGAUUGGUUGCCUGAGCAUCCACCAAACUUUAUGAAGAGACAACGAGAACCCUCUAAGAAGUAUAAGAAGGCCAAUAAAGAAAAUCUGGGGGAACCCUCUAUAUCAAGACCUCUGGUCCCUCUGAUCGAAUCUCCAAGUAAGUCUCUGCCUCCUCACUCUCGCUCUGUAAAUUUAAAGCAAAUUGCUUCUUCUCUUCCACAAACCACACCCAUCUACACACAAUCUGAACCCCCACCCUCUACCACCAAACCCUCUGAUACUCCCAUCUCAAACCCACCAUCACCUUCGUUUCAAAAAUUUAACAUCUCCACCAUAACCUUACUAGUUUCUGAAGUUGAAAUGCUUAACGAACCUAUUUCAGCAAUCUCUUCAACACCUUCAUCUCCACCCUACUACAUCCUCUCAUCUGACUCAGAACCCUUUGACCCCCAAUCUCCCAUCCUUGCUCAGCUUCAGGCUCAUGCCCUUGCCACACAACAACAACCUGAACCAGAAGCCAACAUUCGUUCACCAUUUGAACAACAAUUAACACCACCAUCUGAACGACCAUCAACACCACCAUCUGAACAACAACCACCAACACCACCACCUGCACAACCACCAACACCACCACUUGAACAACCAACAACAACACCUUCUGAAACUCUCGUCGUCCCACCCUCUGAAAACAUUAUUAUCCCUACCUCUGAACCUCCCGCUGACACUACCCACACACCACCAGCAUCUUCAUCCCCCACUCCUGAACCAGAACCUACCGUCCCCACCCUAGAAGAGGCAAUUUCUUUAUUUGCUGAGUCUUCAGUGGAGAAAAUCAUAUCUCUAUCUGAGAACUCUGGUAUCAGUGGUAAUCCCUCUUCAGCGAAGAUUCACUAG